UCUGCCAAAGAGAGCGCGCAGGCUUCACCGCCUUCGAUACCGCUUGCGCCUCGAUACCCCCCUCCCACUCCUGCCAUGUCGACCGUCGCAACUGCUCGGCCUAUGCAGGCCCUACGCCAGCGACGCGAAUCCCAACGUCCCAACGUCGCAAAAGUGUCGACACGCAUCAAUACUAUGGAUAGCACAGCACCUAAGGAGGAGUUCAAGCGCUAUCUCUAUACUCAGCAGGAUAUUCUAGCCAAGUUCAAGGGCCACCCGCCGUCGCUUCGUGUGUGGCUACACCAGAACCACUUCCGCCUGAACGAUUCCCAAGAGACGCUGUCAUAUGCCUCACCCAUGCGCGAGCUGCUGUUGCAUCUAAGGGAGAAGACUGUUCCACACAGUAUGCUGGAGGAGUUAUAUGCACUCAAUGUCCCCUUCUACGACAACUGUCUCAUCGUCGAGGUUCACGACCUCCGCCCCGCAGGCGUCAAGGCCAAAGAUGACACUGCCACUUCGACCGACGACAAUGGCAUGAAACCCUUCUCUAUCCACAACUAUCACGAAUAUAUCACUCCCUCCCCCAAUGUACCUUAUCCCAACCCCAAAACCCCCUCGAAGCCCAAUCAGACCGACUCGGCAACCAAGCAAGACAAGGAUGCGAGCAAGGAGAACAUGCCAGCCCCAGGCCAGCCCGCCUCCCAGAAGCAGCCCAGCAAGCCAAAGGUGUCUACCGUUGUACUUUUCCCUAGCCCGCAAUCGCACUACACCGACAUACAAAUACUCGCAGCCACCCCAGCGUCAGAGGCCGCCCUCAAUCGGAGGAACCAAGUGGCAGGGCGAGCUUCCGGCAAUCCACCUACCCCAUUGACGGCCGUUCCGCCCACCCCCGGGUUAUCUACUGGUCGUAGCCCUAAACGCCAGAAAAUGGUGAUAGACGAUAGCAACGUCCACGAGUUCGAAGCCGCCAUCCUGGACGCUCAAUGUCCGAAGCUCUAUCUUGAACCUACAAAAAACUUGAUGGAGUCCGUCGCGCUGAUAGAAAAGUGGACACAUCCAAACAACAAACAACCAUCGCCAGAGCGGAAGAGCCGCAAGAGGACCACUGCGGAAUUGGCCGCAGAUGAAGCCGAAGCCGCCGACAUCCAACGCUAUCUGUUAGCGGGUGAUGAGGGUCAGGCUGGUAAGACAGCGGCUGCAUCGGGUGACGAUAGCCAGCAUGCGGCGCGUUCGGGAGCAAACCAGCAGACGUUUUCCCGCUUCAAGACUCUAACCACCAUCAGACUGAAUCACGAGGAGGCUGAGCGGAGGAAGAAAGAAGAGGAAGCCAGAGUGGCACAGGCCAAGAGACAGGCUCAAUUGGAGGCGGAAGCGCAGAAACGCCGGGACGAAGCAAACCGCCAGGCUGAGCAGAAUGCACAAAACGCGGCCAUGCUUCGCAAUCAACAGCAGCAACAGCAACAGCAGCAGAACCAGCAAUUGGCUAUGCAACAGCAGGCUUCUCAGGCUUCGCAGGCCCAGCAGAUGGCGAGUCAAACACCGCUUUCUGCUACACAGCCUCAGUUUUCCUCGCCUGUUGUGCGCCAGAAUACGCCAAUGGCCAACGCAGCAUCUCCUCUUGUCGGCGCGCACGUGACCCAUCCCAUGGGUGGCACGCCGAUGGUUGCCACCUCAUCCAACCACGGUGCAGGCAGUCCAGCAAGACCUCCUUCGGUUAUGUCCCAGCACAACAACGCGAUGGCACGAAGCGCCAGCCAGCAACAGAAUGGCUUGAGUCGUACCGGCACUCCGCAGAUGGUCCAGGGCACUCCCGUGAUGAACUCUGCCAUGCCCGCCCGCAAUGUUUCUGCCACACCCACCCCGCGCAUGAACCAUGCCAGUCCAAACGGCGCAAUGCAAGGCAACACACCCAUCAUGAUGCAUACCCCCCAGUCGAACGGCAUGACUCCCGAGCAAAUGCAGAUGGCGCAAGCCACCCAGCAGAAUCAGUUGCAACAGCAGAUGCGCAUGCGCCAGCAGAUGACACAAAACAUGUCUCCUGGUAACACCUCGUUGACUUUGCAGCAAGUGGCUAUGCAGCGAGCUCAGUUGCAGAUUCAAACCAACGGCGUUCCCCAGGGCCAAAACCCAAAUACAUACCGACAACUGCUAGCUCAACAAAUCAUGAGGCAGCACCAGCAACAACUUGGCGGGUCGCCUGGCAUGGCUCAAGGUGGUGCUAUGCAAGGUGCUAACGGCACUAACGUCGCCGCCAUGUCUUUGCAGCAACUCCAUCAUCAGCUCCGGGUCCGGAAGCAACAGGUAUUCAGUCAAUACGGACAAAACGUCCCGCCACAAGCCAUGGCGAGCCUACGUCAAAUCGAGAUGGUAAUAGCUCAGCGAGAGGCGGCCACCCAGCAACAACAGCAGCACAUGAUCCAGCAACAGCAGCAGCAAGGCGGCCAGAUGAACAUGAACCAAGGCAUGCAGCAGCAGAUGAAUAUGCAAGGUGCCAACCCCAACAAUCCAGCUCAACUGCAGCAAUAUCAGCAAGCUAUGCUGGCCCAACGUCAACAACAUCAGCGCCAACAGCAUAUGAUUGCCAUGCGCCAGCAAAUGGCUCAACAGCAAAACCAAAACAAUGCUGGCAACGGCAUGGCGCAAGGACUCAUGAACAAUAUGCAAGGCAUGAACAUGAACAUGGCAAACAUGCAGGGCAUGAAUAUGGCCAACAUGCAAGGUGGCGGUGGUGCUGGAGCGGGUGCAAUGCAGGGGAUGCAAAACAUGAACAUGGCGAACAUGGCAGGCAUGCAGAAUAUGCAAAAUUUAACCCCCUCGCAGCAGCAGCAGAUGCGCGUUCAUAUGAUGAGACAGGCUCAGUUUAGUCAGAUGAGCCAGCAUCAGCAGCAGCAACAACAGCAGCAGCAGGGUCAGGGCCAAAACGGCGAUGGAGGCUUCAAUUUCAGCGGUGUUUAAUUCGACAUCCCUAGGGAGUUUGGUAUACCCAUUUCUGUAUCCUGGCCAUCUUUUUGCAUGGCGCUCGUGGCGGUGGUAUCCUUCGUACUGUUACCUUCUUCCUUGGUUUAUGGCUUGCGUUGCUUCUUUUUUUUUCUUGUCAAUAUUCCGACACCUUUCCCGUCUUUCGGCGUUCUGCGGUGUUUUUUUCUACGGGGGAUGACUAAAAGAUUCAAGACUCUCAAGUGGAUACCCUCUCUUUCUUCUUUCUAUAUUCUAUUCUUGCAUAUCGGGUUGAACAUGACGGCGCAGAGAGAAAUAUUGGAAAACAGUUGGGCCCGAUAGUGCGCUACAAUGCCUGCAUGUACGCACGCGGACGGUGUUUGGGAAGUGAAUAUUCAUCCAGUCUCUCAUAUUGAAGCAAUUGGAAAGAGUAUGAUUCCAGUUGCAGUGGUGCGGGUGGAUUUCGGGCAUUGUUGUGCUUUCCUGGCCUAUUCAUGUACUAUAUACAUACCUAGGUAUGUAUUUAGGUAUGUAUGCAGCAAUCGUCACCAUACAACGCAACUACCAAGAUUAUUCACAAUAGUCAUUGGUUUUCAUUUGAAUGUGAUCUUGCCAGUUACCUGGUGUAGUGGUUCCGACUUGAAUUGCCCCGAUUCUUUUGCAUUAAUUUUCUGAAUUUGAAUUUUCCCGUUCCCACACAGAUGCUUCAUAUCUCAGAGCACGUGCUAUGGUGGGCCAUUACCAGCAAGACAAGUAUCUGGAGGUAUGGUAUACAGUCUUGCUAGCCUUCCAUUAUUCUUGAGCUCAUAGUGUUGUUCUUCGAUAUCGUAGACUCAUUCUCCAAAGAAAUUCACCACAACGUCCCACUACCAAUAUUGACGCUCGAUUCCUUAUAUUCAC